UUUAGGAGCUCGGAGAGAAUGUAGCGUCGCAAUGGAGCUUCCGCGAUCGCCUGGGGCAGCGUCGGCGCCUCUCUGGACGAUCGCGGAAGAAGAUGAGUUGCCAGAAUCGGCCGCGCUUGUCAAAGAUCGUCUUGUCUAUGGCUCGGCAGGCUCGGAUUUGCUGGAAGCGGUGUUGGAUGAUCGCAGGCAGGGAGAUCGCGCUGAGAAAUCUGGGAUUUCGGCUCCAGAUCGAUGGUCCCCGGGGAGGAGGCUCAAGAAAUCGCGCACGGCUCCAGCCAUGACAAGCGAUUACAGCAAGCGGUGCGGCGAUGAUGACAAGCCUAGGCUUGAAUCGGCGGCACGCAUCGCCAGGCAAGCGGCAGUAGGAUUUUGCAUCUACAUUGCGAUCGGCGUGCUGAUCUACGUGUGGAGGCGCGAUGAAUUCUCGGGCACAAGGACUCACACGCUCGUCGACGCCCUGUAUUUCAGCAUCGUGACGAUGUGCACGAUCGGGUAUGGGGACAUCGCGCCGGUUUCGUCCACCACGAAGCUCUACUGCUGCGUUUUCGUGGUGAUUGGUAUGGGAUUCAUCGACGUUUUGCUCAGUGGAAUGGUCGCUUACAUCCUGGAGAGGCAAGAGGAGCUUCUCAUGGGCGCUGUGGAGGGUGGCCGCCAUCAAACUGCGAGGUGCGUCUUGGUUAACACGAGAGGACGUAUGAGGAAGCGAAUGAAGGUGGUUCUAGCACUGGCGGUGGUGAUCGGGUGUGUGACUUUGGGGACUUUGGCUGUGCACAAGCUGGAGAAACUUAGCUGGAUGGACUCGUUCUACUUGUCGUGCAUAUCGGUGACGACGGUGGGAUAUGGCGACCACGCGUUCGAGAGCCUGGCGGGAAGGCUGUUUGCUUCGAUGUGGCUGCUGAUAAGCAGCUUGGCUGUCGCUCGGGCUUUUCUAUUUCUCGCAGAAGCCAGGAUUGCGAGGAGGAACAGGCUGAUUGCCAAGUGGGUGCUUACGAGAGAAAUGACGGUCGGUGAUCUAGUUGCAGCGGAUAUUGACAACAAUGGCUUUGUCAGCAAAUCCGAGUUCGUGGUUUAUAAGCUAAAAGAGCUCGGCAAGAUUUCUCAAGACGAUAUAAUGGAAGUCUGUCGCCAGUUCAAUAUUAUGGACCGUGACAAUUCUGGAAGAAUCACGUUGUCCUGCCUCAGUGAUGCAGUUUGAAGCCCAUUUGCUAAGCCUUUCUUGUCGACAGCGCAAGUUUGCUGGCAAUUUUUUAUUCACUAGCGAAUGAGUUAUGCACUCUUUAGAGCAGUUUACAGGUCCGGCUAGUCAGUGUGACUGCUAGAAACAACGAGGGGCAAGUGGUGAGCACAGUGAUUAGAUUCCGUGAAACUGUGCAGCAAGGGAUUUUAGCAGAAGGAAGGAUUAUCUUAUCUACUCCGGGCACUAGUUGGACGUUUACGUGCGGACAAAGUUGAAGUAUGCAAGGAUGAGUUUACGGACGUUUUUAGCAGCACUUCUCUGCGGACGUUGAAAGAGCUGUUACACGCAAGCAUGGUGGAGGCAAGAGCAGUGUCCAACAAUAUGUUCGACACUUUGGUACUGGGCUAUGCGGUGACAAUUAGUAGCGGACCUUUGUUUGCUGCACUUACGGCCUGUAAGAGGCACGGAAGAAGCAAGACUAGAGCGUGGACAAAGUCUGAAGAAGUGAAAGGGAUGUGAAGCUGCAAAAGCCAAUCGUUGUGCAACAUCUUCGUGGGAAGCACUCAGCUGAUAUGUGUGGACGUAUGGAGGACAGAUUGCUCCGCGACAGAGUGGUCUCAUAGAACGCUUUGCUGCUGGGAUAUGUGAGCAACGACCUGGCUUUGGAUCUAUUCCCGUAUAUCGAGUUCUACGAAGGCCGCACUCAGGGCUUGUGCAAGCGUGGCCAACUUAGAGCAGGCUUGUGAACUUGGGCACAGGGAUGUAUGACCGACGCUCGCAAAGUUUUGGAAGUUAUGGUUACGCAUGACGUGGAUACUGGGCUACGUGGAGAAUGAGCUCGCUCUGGAGCUUUUGAAACGGAUGCAGUCAACUGGUUGCUCGAAGUCCACAACUUGAUGCUGCUCUCAUGGCCUGCGGAAAAUUGGUGGAUAUGAUGGUCGGAAGAACGGAGGUUCUUAGACGUGAACUUGAGAACAAGAAGACAGCCUGCCUGGUGAGCCAUCAAGUUGUUUGCGUCGAACUCGCUAAGAAGUGAUCCUCAAGCUUUUCGAUGAGAAACUGAAAAGAGCUUUUCGACGAAA